AUGGAAUCCACUGUCGGAUGGUCGAAGAGCAUCGUCGGGCUAAGCUCCAGUUCGCUGUGUGCAGACAGAGUCUGCGUGAAGUCCGUUGCUGCUAUAGAGUUCAAGCCCGCGGACAUCAACGGGGCGUUUGUGUCUAUUGCCGUACCAAGGACAUCCCUAAACCAGCCCAUCAAUUUAAUACUCAGACCAGUGUCGACUUCGACGGAGGGCUCUCGUACUCGGCGGUCGAGCCUCGUGGAAGAUUGGCAUGCGGCUCUACAUUGCAAGGCCGGGGUAUGUCGUUUCGCGUCGAGACCGCAACUCUCGAGCACAACUGCACAGUUGAUUGUCGACCCUUUUUUUUUCAGUAGCAAUGAAUUAACACUCGCCCCCCCCCGCCCAAGUGACCACUUAAUCCUGCCGGAAAGCCCCUCCCCUCGUUGCUUUACUGAAUGUUCCAAGCUGCACGCCAGAGGUUACAUGAACUCGUAG